AUGUCUUGCCUGAAAGUUGGCGUGAUCGGUGCCACGGGCAUGACAGGGUCUCAUGCGACAGUCGAGUUACUCAACCGAGGGCACAGCGUUAUUGGAGUCUGCAGAGAUCCAUCGAGGUUGGGAAAGCACGAGCGCUACGAGCCGAGGAGCAUAGACCUCAGCAACUCGGACGUUCUGGAAAUCGCCAAAAGACUACAUGGCCUUGAUGUAGUUGUGAACGCCUACGGCCCACACAGCCAGCUCGGGUCAGCCUUCGCUUACCGAUCGUUUGUAGAGAUGACACGAAAGAUACUGCUGGCGUCUAGAGAGGCAAAAGUACCGUACUUCGUCAUGGUCGGGGGCGCUGGCAGUUUGGAGGUCCCAGACAGACCCUGCAUGACAGCUGCCGACGACGCGAGGUUCUUUUCGGCAUACGGUAGAGCCAUGUUGGCCAGCGAAGCCUUCAUUACGCAUUGCCAAAACUGGUCUGGCGACUUCGCGACGCGUUUACGGGCUGCCCGAGAGGCUUGGGUAGCAGAGCGCAGCGGGAAUGGAACGGAUGAGACGAAGAAAGUUCUCGACGACUUGGAUAAGACGAUGGCCGACAUGAACAGCCAAGGCGUCGACUUCAUUACAGGAGCGCGAGCAACAUACAUGUUCUUCGACGGAAACACGUCGUUCAAGUGGACAUAUAUAUCGCCUCCUCCUCUGUACAGGCCGGGGACACGGACAGGGUCUUACAGAGUUGAGCUUGACAGAAUGCCUCUUCAACUGGCGCGAGCGGCAGAGGGUGGGAAUAAUCUUUCAAUAUUCGAAGGGAGGCUACAGAGUAUUUCGGUUCCUGAUAUGGCGGUUGCGAUCGCGGAUGAGAUCGAGCAGCAGACGAAGGUUUGGAAACACUGGUGUCCUUUCACCGAAGGUCUUGACGAUGAGCCAGGGCCAACAUACGUUACAAUAAGUGAGGGAAGUUGA